UUCGCUGCGGGCCAGCAGAUGGCGGCGCCGCCCCGGCCGGGCGCUCAGCCCCGCUCCGGCUCCGGCUCCGACCCUCCCCAGCCCCCGCCCUCCGCGGCGGUGUCUCCCUCGCCGCCACCUCCCCGCCUGUCACUGCCACUCCGGAGAGCCACCAUGGCGCACGGCGGGCCACGCGUGUCCCUCGCAGCCACCGCCACCGCCGUGGCCUCCCGCCUGCCUCCUCCUCCGCUGCUGCUGCUGCUGCUGCUGCUGGGCUCCGCCGCCGCUCUGCGCUGCGCCGAGCCCUGCGGCCCCCCCGGUCCCGCAGCGGCCGGCCGGGGGGCGCGGAGCACGGCCGGGGGGCGGCGGAGCACGGCCGGGGAGGCGUCGGGGGGCGGCCGCGCCGGGAGAGCAUCCCCCCCGGCUGGGGGCCGGGAGCGGGUGGCCCUGCUCAGCACCUCCUUCGUGCUCAAAGGGGACGCGGCUCACAACCAGGCGAUGGUGCACUGGACGGGAGAGAACAGCAGCGUGAUCCUGAUUCUUACCAAGUAUUACCAUACCGACAUGGGAAAAGUGCUGGAGAGCUCUUUGUGGAGGUCCUCAGAUUUUGGGACGUUAUACACAAAGUUGAAUCUGCAGCCUGGGAUUGCCACUGUUAUUGACAAUUUCUACAUUUGUCCCACGAACAAAAAAAAGAUCAUUCUUGUAAGCUCUUCUCAUAAUGACCGUGACCAAAGCCUUUUCAUAAGCACGGAUGAAGGAGCUACUUUCCAGAAACAACCUAUUACUUUUUUUGUGGAAACUCUCCUUUUUCACCCCAAAGAAGAAGACAAAGUGCUUGCUUACACAAAGGAAGGCAAGGUUUAUGCAUCCAUUGACUUGGGGAAAAAAUGGACUCUUCUGCAGGAGCGAGUUUCAAAAGAUCAUAUGUUUUGGGCCGUUGCUGGAGUUGACGGAGACCCUGAUUUAGUUCAUAUGGAAAUCCAGGACCCCAGUGGAGGUUAUCGCUACAUCACUUGCCAGAUGCAAAAUUGCUCUGAUAAGACAAUGACAGUCCAGUUUGCUGGCAGCACUGAUCGGGAUUCCCUGACUGUGCAGGAUGACUACAUAUUUCUUCAGACAACAUCAGCAAAUCGGACAAAGUAUUACGUAUCUUACCGUCGAAAUGGCUUUGUACAGAUGAAGUUGCCAAAAUAUGCAUUGCCAAAAGAUUUACAGAUAAUCAGCACAGAUGAAAACCAGGUAUUUGUGGCUGUUCAGGAAUGGUACCAGACAGACACAUACAACCUGUACCAGUCUGACCCACAAGGUGUUUACUACUCCAUCCUGCUGGAGAACGUCCGGAGCACAAAGCAACCAGAAGAGAAUGUCCUGAUAGAUAUUCUGGAGGUCAGAGGUGUAAAAGGAGUCUUUCUGGCUAACCAGAAGAUUGAUGGGAAAGUUACAACUCUAAUAACCUACAACAAAGGCCGUGACUGGGAUUUUCUAAACCCUCCAGACAUUGAUAUGAAUGGCAAGCCGACAAACUGCAAACCUCCUGAUUGCUACCUUCACCUCCAUCUCCGCUGGGCAGACAAUCCGUAUGUGUCAGGAACAGUCCAUACAAAGGAUACUGCACCAGGGCUCAUCAUGGGGGCAGGUAACCUGGGGUCCCAGCUGGUUGAGUAUAAAGAAGAAAUGUACAUCACAUCUGACUGUGGGAAGACAUGGCGUCAGGUCUUUGAAGAAGAGCAUCACAUCUUGUACCUGGACCAUGGUGGAGUUAUUGUGGCUAUCAAAGACACCUCCAUCCCACUGAAAAUACUCAAGUUCAGCAUAGACGAAGGCCAGACUUGGAGUACACAUAAUUUUACCAGCACUUCAGUCUUCGUAGAUGGAUUACUAAGUGAACCUGGAGAUGAGACACUGGUCAUGACAGUCUUCGGACACAUUAGUUACCGUUCAGACUGGGAACUUGUGAAGGUGGACUUCAGGCCAUCCUUCCCCAGGGAGUGUACUGAUGAUGACUAUGAAUCCUGGGAUCUCACAAAUCUACAGGGUGAUCGAUGCAUCAUGGGUCAGCAGAGGAGCUUUCGGAAGAGGAAGAUUUCAUCAUGGUGCAUUAAAGGGAGAAGUUUCACGUCAGCUCUCACAUCCAAAGUCUGUGAAUGCAUGAGCUCUGAUUUCUUAUGUGAUUAUGGGUUUGAGCGCUCUGCACCUCUUAAAUCACAGUCUAGCAAGUGUUUCGCUGACUUCUGGUUUAACCCAGAAGCACCUCCCGAAGACUGUGUGCUGGGGCAGGCAUACACCAGCAGCACUGGGUACAGGAAAGUUGUUUCUAAUGUGUGUGAAGGUGGCGUAGACCUGCAGCAGAACUUAGCGCAGCAUAUGUGUCCACUGAUUGCUCCCAAGGGACUUCAGAUCAGCAUCAGAGGAGAAACCUUGGCUGUUAAACCUGGGGAAGACAUCAUCUUCGUUGUCAGACAAGAGCAGGGUGACAUACUGAAUACCAAGUACCAGGUAGAUCUUGGUGAUGGCUUUAAGGCAAUAUAUGUGAACCUUACAAUGACUGGAGAACCCAUUCGUCACCGCUACGAGAAUCCUGGGAUUUACCGUGUCUCGGUGAAGGCUGAAAAUGUUGCUGGGCAUGAUGAGGCUGUGGUAUUCAUCCAAGUUAACUCUCCACUGCAGGCUUUAAAUUUAGAAGUGGUUCCAGUCAUUGGCAGAAACCAGGAGGUGAAUCUGACAGCCAUCGUAUUGCCCAAGAAUCCUAAUUUGACAGUCUUCUACUGGUGGAUAGGAAACAAUCUUCAGCCACUUCUUACAUUGGACAAUUUUCUGGUAACGAAGUUUGCUGUGACGGGUGACGUCAGAGUGACAGUGCAAGCUUCCUGUGGGAACUCCAUGCUUCAGGAUUCAAAAGUUGUCCAUGUUUUUGAUCAUUUUCAUGUUCUUCCUCUGAAGUUUACUAAGCACCUGGACAUGUACAACCCUGACAUACCAGAGUGGAGGGAAGACAUAGGGCGGGUAGUAACACGACUUCUUGCAAAGGAAACCAAUAUACCCGAAGAAACACUUAUGACAGUUGUGAAACCUGGUCUGCCCACAACUGCUGACUUGCAUGUGCUGCUACCAGCAAACCAGCCUAAAAGGAAGAGAAGUGUAACUAGUGAUAAGAGAGUAGCAACUAUAAAGCAGGCCUUGAAUGCACACAACAUCAGUUUCUUUCUGAGGGGAGGAUAUUGGGUCUUGGUGACCUUAGCGGACUCCGAUUCAGACUCUCAGAGGAUUGGAGGAGGAAGUGGCUACUGGGCUAUUGUGGUUCUCUUUGUUAUCUGUCUAGUUGCAGUUGGGGCUUUCAUCCUCUACAAGUUCAAAAGGAAACUGCCAGGCAGGAAUGUCUAUGCCCAGAUGCACAACGAAAAAGAACAGGAGAUGACAAGCCCUGUCAAUCAUAGUGAGGACACCCAGAACAUCAUCCAGGGUGAGGAGUUUAUUGAUGAUGAUCUGGACUCUCAAACACUAGGUAACGCAAGAGUGACUCCUUCUGGGAGAAGUGGCAACUUGAACAGCUACAGAGUUCCCCUAUUGCUGAUGCCGGUCAGUGUCCAGUCCCAGGCAAUCACUCAGGCGUGGUUUUGAGCAUCAACUCCAGAGAGAUGCACAGUUACCUGGUUAGCUGAUAUUUACAGCUGAACACAAAAACCGAAAGACUCUUCUCUGUAUCAUUUUAUUUUUCCCUGGUGAUGUCACAAAAUUGCGAAUAUGGCUGUAAAUGCUGGUGGAGAGAAGGUUUCCUAACAGUCCCGUGGAAAAAAAGCGUCCGUCAUCAGUUACCAGGGGAGAAGGAUCUUGUGUUCACUCUAUGGCCUGGGAACUCUUUACAAUUCAAUUUCAAACUAUGGUAGCAAAUUUGUAGCCCUAGGCACAUUCAAUGCCACCUUCUUUUUUUCUUUUCCUGUAUAUGCUCUAGUUCUCUAUGUUUAUUUUUAGGACGAUUGACUGUAACUUUUUAAUUAUGUUUUUAACUGAGGUAUUCAGCGGAAGGCUGGGACUUUUCAGCCUGAAAAGGUGAUUUCUAAACAAGUGACUAGACCAGAAUAAACGGUUGGUUUUCACGAUGACAUUGUGUCAGAAGGCCGUAACUCAGCAGUGGUUCUGUACUGGGAGAGGACUGAGCAAGGAGUCCUACACACUCCUAGGCCAUACAAGCUCUUAACUUAAAAAUGUGUGAGACAAUCUAAUGUAUUUAGGCUUCUUCUGUGGAUUACAGGAAGUAAAAUGUUAAUUAGGAUAUCUCGUAAUUAUAGGGUAAUACUCCUUCAACUGUAGCAAGUCCUGACAAACCAUCAGCAUAGGUAUGUCCCCUGAUCCCACCCCGUGUGAAAGAGAAACACCAGCGUGAAGCUUUUCCCAGACCAGGUGCCUUCAUUUGCAGACAGUCAUUUCAAUUGCUCUCCCCUUGUCUUCUGAGCGAGCACCUCUAGGACGAUGGCAGCUGCCAGAUCAGUUAUCAUAUAUAUAUAUAUAAAACACGGUGCUGAUGGCCUGUUUCUUUUUAAAUUUCCAGAGAGUGUAAAUACCUCUUUUAGGUCUCCUUCCUUGUAUGGUUUUUUAUUAUUUUUUAUUUUUUUUUUAAUUAGGGCAGAGAUGCCGGGAAGGUCAGAGCUCUCCUCCAGGUGGAACACCGCAGUCCCCUUCCCACCCAUGUCACCCCUGGGACUUCCCCUGCCUGUUGGCCCUUGGAGGCAGGGGUGGGCAAACCCUGACCUGAACUCUGCUUGGGUUGCUCUGACAAUCUUUAGGGCCCUGGGGAGGACCGGUUGUCGUUUCAGAGUUCGUAUUUCCUUUCUCUCACCACAGGGUGUCACUCAGUCCCUAGCACAGCACUGGUCCCUACCCCUGCAGGUUGGGCAGUGGGGCUUCUGAAGGAGCCUCCUGCAGAAGGUCUUGGGGGUCAGCCUGGAGGUUCCAAACCCCAGUUUUGUGAUCAGCUCAGAGUUUCCAAAUCCAAACCUCUGCACCCCCAGGCAGAGGCAGUGCGGUGAAUCCGCACCUCGCUGCUGGUUUCCCUGUGGUUGAUGGAGCCAUGUAGAAAAUGGACUGUGGUAUGAUGAGUUCAAACAUCUGGCAUCCUUUGUGUCUCAGCUGCCUGGAAUUAGGACACUUCUCUCAGAAACCUAUAUAAUCUCUUCACUUUUUGCCUUCAAUAGAGAAUAAAUAGGUCUUUACUCAGUGAAUGUUAUACCGAUGCUAGUGGCAAGCUCCCACACCACCGUAGCUUAAGGAGGAUACAGAUAGCUAACUGCAUCUUUCUGAAUAAACAAACAGUAAACAAUGAGCACUGGAAAGACAGAAAAGACCUGUCUUUAAAUUACCCCAUGCAUUGGAGUCAUUCUUCCAUGUAGUUGUUGAUAUCCGAGAGCAUAUGGUUGUCAAAUGCAACAGACUGGGAUGUAGUAAUUCAGUACAGUACUAUAGGCUCUCGCAAACCCUACAGGAUGUAUGUGUAAAGCACAAGGAAUUCUAGUUUAGAAACUUAAUGUAAGGACCUGGGUGGAAAAGUUAAAGAUUCUGAAAGUGCUUGCAAACUGCUCAGGAAAAUAAUUUCAAAAAUCUUAAAAAAAUAAAAAAUAAAAAUAAAAAAAGCCUAUGUAGUGGUAGAGUGCUGUGCAAAUUAAUCCAGAGAGGAGCACUGCUCUAGUUGAUGUGUAUGCAGGAAGGACCGUGCUUAAAUCCAUGGUGUUAAAUGUGCCUGAGUCUUCAUUUCUUGAAGAGAAGUGCAAAUACAAAAUGUGCUGUGCAUUGGAAACUCUCAGGAUUGUUGCACCAGAGGCUUCCCCUUCUCACCAGCUCUUUCAUCUCUUUCUAGUGGGAUUGAGCUGGAAAAGAGUAAAAUAGUAUUGCAAACAGCUUGCUUAUACCUGUGAAACAAAUCUGUAGUAGGUGUGAGGCAGGUGAGUAGGGGAUUAGUCUCAUGAACAAGGAGUAGGAUGGAAAUCCUAGUUUGGGAUCAUUCUUCCACAGUUUGAUUAGUGAAGGACACUGUUGGAACUAGGUCAUACAUCUAAUUUAUGCUACUUUUUUAUAUGUAAUACAGGGUGUUUUGUGUCUUUGACAACAGGAGUCUUUUGGAAGACCGUAGAAUAUUUAACUGCUCGAUACUCUAAUUAACACAGCACAAUAUAGUGCCUGUAAUAAUGGUUUUCAAAGCUAAUUAAUCUGAUUCAUGCAGCACUUGUGUGAGGUUGGUUUGUCAUGUCUUAAAAGCCCUGUUUUCUAAUGAGAUGUCAGUAUCGCCGUAACUGUAUUAGCAAUACCCAGCAUAUAAUAAAGGAAGCCUUUGAUUCCUUGGCAAAAAAUAACUUAAAAAUGAGUUAUUAUGAAAUUGAGAAAAAUAC